GAUCGGGGACCAUUCUUAAUUUCGUUGGUCUCAUGACAAUGACAAUAAAGUUUUUGAUUUUGAUUCUGAUUCUGACAUCCACCCUCCUCAAGAGUUCAAUAAUUUAGGCAGUUAUGUUUAUACAAAUACUAAAUGUAUGUUUAGUGUCUUCAUACAGGUGUUUUUUCUUAACCUGGAAACCUGAGUACGGCAGCAGAAGACAGGCCAAGCUUUGGCUAAAAUUCACGGCUGGACACCAGAGUUGUCCUCACCCCUCCCGGAAAAACAAAAAAAGAGAGAAUGUAGUUUUAGGCAGGUUAAAGACACUCCGUCGCUUGUUUUCGCAACAACUGCCAGUGCGACGCCUGUCAAAAUGUAGCUGUGAUACUCCUCUGAGGGGAGCAUGCACAAACAUAAAAAAUAAUACAAAAAAACAAAACAAAACAACCUUGCGGUGAUGUUUUGUUUUUGUUGUGAACAGAUCUGGAUUUCAUGGCAUCUGUUUCAAGUUUUUGAAAAUACAAGAAAACUUAGGUGUGCUCGGGUGACAGAUUUUGGGGAUUUUUUUUUUUACUAAACAUUCCUCCUGGAUGUUCCUCCAACAGUUUUGUAUCACGGGAAAAAAAAAACUUUAAAGAACCGGAUAAUCUUCAGAGACUGAACAGUUUUAUUAGUACAAUGAAACUAAAUCAAAAGCACGUGCCCAAACCAAGAAGGCAAGAGGGGAAAAAAAACCCAAUGACGUAAAAAAAAGACUUCCUGUGAUGUGAUUGAUAAGUUUAAACCUCAGCUCUAUGUCUCAUUCACCGUCUGAGACAUCAGUGGCACCACAGAGCUGAGAACGAUACCUGUGUUCAAAAAGACAUGAAGUGCUGGCAGCUCCUGUUUGGGCUUUGGUGCUGCGGCAUCCUUGCAGUGACCAGCGGGAUCGAAGCUGAUGUACCGUCAUGGAUGUGUGUGACUGACUAUAUACACAACAUUACUUGUGUCUUCAACAACAUCACUGCUAUUCCAUUGGGAAAGAACAAAACGAACUACAGCCUAUAUUUCAAGGAGAACUCCGAACACAACCCUUCUUGUCCACUUGUGGUGAUGAAUCACAGUUACUACUGUGAAUGUCAACUCAACAAUAAGCUUUGGGUGGAUUAUAAUUCCUAUGAAAUUGACAUUUGUGAUGAAUCUCAAUGCAUCAAUUUAGAAAAUGAAUUUAAUUUAGCAAAUCACAUUCAGCUGAAACCUCCGCCUGAGCUUGUGGUCCAAGAAACAACAGAGACUCUCAACAUUACAUUUAAAAGUCGAUAUGAUAACCAUUUAUACCUUGGUGGUUACCUCAUGUAUGAAAUAUUACUUCAAACACCUGAAAGCAGUGAGAACAAAACUUUUACGGUUCCACCCCAAAAGAAGUUUGAAUCUAUUAAUCGGAAAUUGCACCUGAAAAAUAGUGAAUAUUGCAUUAAAGCAAGAUAUAGACCUCAAACAUAUAGUGAAACUUGGAGUGAAUGGAGUCAACCAACAUGCUGGGAAAACAAAGCAGAAGAAGAACCAGAAACUUUAUUAUUAUUAUUGGCCAAAUAUCUGUUCCCACUGUGUCUGGUUUUGGGAGCUCUGCUGUUUGUAUUCUACAGUCCAGCUGCAAGGAUGAAGAUAAAAACUCUGUCCCACACGCCAUCCCCGGCUCCUUUCUUUCAGCCUCUGUAUCAGCAACAUAAAGGUGAUCUCCAGGAAUGGCUUUCUCCGAAAGGUAAAAAUGUACUAAUGCACAAAGCCGAUGAGGGCAUGAUAAGUGAUAGAGUGGCUGUUGUGCCAAAACCCAACACGAAGGACCCAGAAGAGACCCAGACCUUCCUAAACCCUCCAGUGAUUCAGCUGGCAUUCCCUCAGUGCCAGACCUCCUACGUUGGCCUGCCUGGGAUGGAUAUGGCUCCUGCUCCUAUAGCUAUGGUCUGUCCAGCUAACACCUCUUAUACUCAGCUCCCCUGCUCCGUCUGGGAGAGGGGCAGGGAGGCAGAGAUUGCCUCCUCUCCACCUGAAGAUGUCCUGGAUAUCAGCUGUGUUGACUCUGGCUGCAGCUUUGAGGAUGUGACACAAAGCCCAGAGUGCAGUUUACCAAGCAGUCCUGUUGUUGAGACUCUAGCACCAUGUUACUGUAGUGAUUACUGCAUUCUUAACAAAACAGCUGAAGGUGUUGUUCCUGUUUUACUGUCUAAAGAGAGCAAUGUAAAAGUUUCAUCUGAUUCCCAGCAUGAGCGCGAGAGUUAAAGCAGGAAAUGGUUCUGUCAGUUUGUUUGGAGCCAGAAAAAUUCAUAAGAGUGGUGGCACUGACAGCCACGGCUGUAGACCACAUGGCAGGAGAGAUUCCAUGAAGUGGCUUGAAGCUGGCCAGUUCACUUGUUGCAAGUUGCUGUGUGUUCUUGAUAGCAGCGGGUUUGUGCUUGAACUUCAUACAACAUUUACAUCUGUUCAAAUGUAUGUGAUUAUCAUUUUUUAUGACAAAAACAUAAAAAACACCAUAUAACACAUAGAGUAGGCUUCUGCUUUGGCUGAUUUGCAUAUGUUAACACUUGACGCAUUCUGACUGCAGAAUGUUAAGACGUGAAUGUUUGUGAAUUCCACUAGAGCUUUGGAUGAUAUGAUUUUCUGUAGCUGUAUGGGGAAAGUGUUUUGUUCCGUUUUUUUUUUUUAAUUUAAUCUACCUUAUUUGCAAUAUGUUUAUACUUUGCAUUUAGCUUUUACUAAGAAAUCAACAAUAAAAGAGAUAAAGAUCCAUAUCUAUGCUUAAAUCAGUAA